CGUGAGACUCAUGUGACAGAGGUAGCUUACUGCGAGCGAGUCAGAGGGGUUUAUUUAACACGUAGCUUUGUCCUCACCCACUUUCCCUGCGCGCAACCAAGACUCAGUGCAUCUGCGGACAACCUCUUGACUGACUGACUACGUGGAGAUCUCCGGAACCCUUUACUCCCGUUAAGACAAAUAAUAAUAACAAUUUAAAUAUAAAGGAGGUACAUUCUCUAUAACUACAGUUGGGAAAUAUACUGAAAGAUUUUGUGAAAGAUUGCAAGGACGAUUUUACUUUCAUUCAGUUUCAUAUGCAUUCUUGAGUGAACAACUUUGGAAAACAACCUUCCCCUUUCGUGCGUUAUUUGGAGUAGGCCUUGAGGGAAUGGAAAGGAUUCCAAGUGCGCAACCCCCUCCCAAGCACCAUCAGACUGAGAUGUCUGACAUGCAACGGAUGGACUUCCCUAUGUAUGUGUAUAAAUCCCGUCGAGGUCUGAAACGAGGAGAGGAGACCAAGGAAACAUACAAACUGCCUCAUCGUCUUAUUGAGAAGAAAAGGCGUGAUAGGAUAAACGAAUGCAUUGCUCAGUUGAAAGAUUUAUUGCCUGAGCAUCUGAAACUUACAACUCUUGGCCAUCUGGAGAAGGCUGUGGUUUUGGAGCUCACGCUCAAGCAUGUAAAAGCUCUCACUGCUCUAUUGGAAAACCAGCAGCAGAAAAUCCUCGCUUUGCAGAGUGGCAUGCAAAUUGAGCAUUCCCCUCCCAGCCAGGAGAACUCAGAGGAGAUGUUCCGCUCAGGCUUUCAUGUCUGUGCCCAGGAAGUGUUGCAGUACCUGGCCAAUCAAGAGGAAGACUGUGACCUCACACCCUCUCACAUCAUCAACCACCUGCACAAGGUGGCCAGCGAAGCCCUCCAGGGCCCUCCCUUAAGUCCCUGCGGCCCCCGGAGCCCACAGCCUGAAGAGACCCCCAGCCACCACCACUACCAGGCCCACAAGGAGAAGCCUGCCGGCCAGCUGCCCACGCCCAGUGAGGGCCACGGGAAGAACUGUGUGCCUGUCAUCCAGCGUGCAUAUGCCCAAGCAGGCGGUGAGCAGAGCGGCAGUGACACAGACACGGAUAGCGGCUAUGGUGGCGACCAGGGCGAGCGCCUGGCACUGCCAACAGGGUACUACAGUCAGGAGGACCAGCUGAAGAUUGCGCUGGGUGAGAGGAGGGCACCAUCCGGCGUCAAGCAGGAAGAAGAGCCAAACCACAAACGCGCACGGGUAGAGUCCUCUGAAGACGAGUCACUCUCAGGCGGAGAGUCAUCCCCCUCAUCAUCCUCGGGUGGUCAUGGCAGCUACAUGGGCGCCUACUCCCCCCACCAGGCCCAACCUCAUCCCCUCUGUAUGCCCUUCUACCUCAUCCCCCCGUCUGCUGCCGCCUACCUGCCCAUGCUGGAGAAGUGCUGGUACCCGGGGGCCAUGCCCAUAAUCUACCCUGGUCUGGGGGCCACCGCACAGGGCAUGCCUAGCGACAGACAUGCCCAACCUUCUCCGAUCAUGGUGUCCCCCAGGAGGCGCUCUCCCACUCCCCCCACUGUGGCCCAGAGCCCCAUUGACUCUCCGGCCCUCCUCCAAGCGUUAAAGCAGGUACUGCCCAUGAACCUGGAAACCAAAGACUGAGAGAACAGUGGACACUGUUACUGAACAUGGACACUGCUCUGCCGAGAGGGAACACUGAGAAAAUCCUGACAGGACAGUCAGAUAACCCACCAUCUCCCCUACCCUCCUCAUCCCUCAUCCCAAAGGGCAGAAGACAGAAGGGAGACAGUGAUAGCACCCAGCUGGUAUUGUCCUGGUCCACAGCCACACUGGUGCGAGGAGAGGAAGGAGGGAAAGUCUGGAAGGGAGACGUCUCAACCUGUCACCUGACCCUGAACACCCUGUCUGAAUGUUUUAAGUCUAAACCUCCACUAGAGUGCAUAGACGCUACUGAUCUGGACCUGCCCCUAACACAAACACAGACACGCACCCCAACAUUGGUUGAAUGUAAAAGUGAGGUGAUCCUUUAGAUGCAGUUGUUGAGGUUUCUGCAUGCUGUGGACACUGACAGGUCUCAGCUGAACUUCUGCCAUCGAGAUACACGCACCUUGUAAGCCAUGCCACACCAAAUGUCAACAGUCACCCUAAGGUCACUGUCUGUAUAACUUAGGUCACCAUUGCCAUCACCGACAAUGCCCUUUGCCCCAUUCCCUUUGACAGCAACCAGGAGCAAAGGGCAAACCCAUUAAUACUGCACGGAGUUAGCGAUGUCAUUAGGUGACCAUCCAGUUGUGAAUUAACUGACUUGUAAUUAUUGUUUCUACUUCUUGUACAUCUAUAUUUUUGAUACGUGUCCUAGCGUGACUAGAGAAAGAGCUGUUGGCUUUUAUCGUAAAGCAACUCAGAAAUCACGUACAUACUGUAGCCCUGUGUCGGCCCUGGCCUACGUCAAACGUCUGUCCCCGCUCAAGUCAAACCUGGUGUUUGUUCAUGCUGUUGCCUUUAGCUUGUGACAAGCUGAUAAAAGAAAACAUUAUCAGAUAUUUGUUAAAUGUAUUUGUAUGAAUACUGGAGUCUAAGGAGUUGGCAAGAAGUGAAUGUAAACGUUUUAAAAUAAGUUUAGUUUUCUAUAGAAAGGGGUACUUAAGAUUUUAUAUUUUGGGACCUACCAGAAAGAUGUUUGAUGUACAUACGUUGUCUAUAAAUGUUGAUACACAUUAUAUAAGCGUAUUAAUAAAGUCUUAUUUUUUUCCUGUG